AUGCUGCGAGGAGGAGAGGCUCGGAGGUCAGUCACUGCCUUAGGGAGUGGAAAUACAGAAGCAAAACAGUUGCUAAGGUUGAACGGCCAAUGCUGUGUCGUCAUGCUAGCAGGGACAGGGGACCCUUUCACACCGUCUAGUUGGUCACAAGUUGGCCCGGCCUCGGCCACAAUAAACACACGAACCAUGGGUUGCUUCUUUCGGCGGGUGGCCUGCCCCACCGGCCCGAGUGGGUGUUAUUCCACGGAUAUCGACUCCGGUCUGAACACGCGGCUUCUAAAGUAUUCAUUAAUCGGUUCUCGCUCUUCUUUCUUCCCUCAACCUCCCCCAAUUCAUCCUCAUUCCCUUUCUCCUCUGGACCUUACUUUGUACAUUCCAUCUGCUCAAGGGCCUCGGAUUAUUUGCUCUUUCCCCUCUCCCUUGCUCCGCCGGCUUCUUCUGCUGCCUGUGCGCCUGCGCCAUCGUCGGGGUGGAUCCCAGCCGUCAGAACGAUAG